CAAACCUGCCAAGGCCCGCGGCGGUAGGCGGGCCCGCAGGAGAUCCCGGAUCCGGAUCUAUCGUGCAGGAGCGGAAUCAGGGUCGGCUCUGACCCAAAGCGGGUCUGUGAGGAACUCGCGAACUUGGAUUAGGAAAUCCCGGAACCCGGAUCGGUAAACCUCGGAACCCGGAAUUAAGAUUGGAAAGUCCCGGAUCGCGGAGCACAGCGCGCGGAGCGGACUCGACGCGGAACCCGGAGGCCGGAUCCGAGCACCGCGGGACGGGACGGAGCUAUGUCGGGCCGUGGCGCGGGCGGGUUCCCGCUGCCCCCUCUGAGUCCCGGCGGCGGCGCCGUGGCUGCGGCCCUGGGAGCGCCGCCUCCCCCAGCGGGGGCCGGGGUGCGUCCCGGCCCGGCGUUUUGGGGCUCGGGGCCCGCUGGAGGCGUGGGGGGACCCGGGACCGCCGCCUUCCGCCCUAUGGGCCCCGCGGGCCCCGCUGCUCAGUACCAGCGGCCUGGCAUGUCCCCAGGGAGCCGGAUGCCCAUGGCUGGCUUGCAGGUGGGACCCCCUACUGGCUCCCCAUUUGGUACUGCUGCUCCACUUCGACCUGGCAUGCCACCCACCAUGAUGGAUCCAUUCCGAAAACGCCUGCUUGUGCCCCAGGCCCAGCCCCCGAUUCCUGCCCAGCGCCGGGGGUUAAAGAGGAGGAAGAUGGCAGAUAAGGUUCUACCUCAGCGAAUUCGGGAGCUUGUCCCAGAGUCUCAGGCAUACAUGGAUCUCUUAGCUUUUGAGCGGAAGCUGGACCAGACCAUUGCUCGCAAGCGGAUGGAGAUCCAGGAGGCCAUCAAAAAGCCUCUGACACAAAAGCGAAAGCUUCGGAUCUACAUUUCCAAUACAUUCAGUCCCAGCAAGGCAGAAGGUGAUAGUACAGGAACUGCAGGGACCCCUGGGGGAACUCCAGCAGGGGACAAGGUGGCUUCCUGGGAACUCCGAGUGGAGGGAAAACUGCUGGAUGAUCCUAGCAAACAGAAGAGGAAGUUUUCUUCAUUUUUUAAGAGUCUCGUCAUUGAGUUGGACAAGGAACUAUAUGGACCUGACAACCACCUGGUGGAGUGGCACCGAAUGCCCACCACCCAGGAGACAGAUGGCUUCCAGGUGAAACGACCAGGGGACCUAAAUGUCAAAUGCACCCUCCUGCUCAUGCUGGAUCAUCAGCCUCCCCAGUAUAAACUGGACCCUCGGCUGGCAAGGCUGCUGGGAGUGCACACACAGACAAGGGCUGCCAUCAUGCAGGCCCUGUGGCUUUAUAUCAAGCACAAUCAGCUGCAAGAUGGGCAUGAGCGCGAAUACAUCAACUGCAACCGUUACUUCCGCCAGAUCUUCAGCUGUGGCCGACUCCGUUUCUCUGAGAUUCCCAUGAAACUGGCUGGAUUGCUGCAGCAUCCAGAUCCCAUUGUCAUCAACCACGUCAUCAGUGUGGACCCAAAUGACCAGAAGAAGACAGCCUGUUAUGACAUCGAUGUGGAGGUGGAUGACCCAUUGAAAGCUCAGAUGAGCAAUUUUCUGGCCUCUACCACUAACCAGCAGGAGAUUGCCUCUUUAGACGUCAAGAUCCAUGAGACCAUUGAGUCCAUCAACCAGUUGAAGACUCAGAGGGAUUUCAUGCUCAGCUUUAGCACUGACCCCCAGGAUUUCAUCCAGGAAUGGCUCCGUUCUCAACGCCGAGACCUCAAAAUCAUCACUGAUGUGAUCGGAAAUCCUGAGGAAGAGAGACGGGCUGCUUUCUACCAUCAGCCCUGGGCCCAAGAAGCAGUGGGGAGGCACAUCUUUGCCAAGGUGCAGCAGCGAAGGCAGGAACUGGAACAGGUGUUGGGAAUUCGCCUGACCUAACUGCUCAGGGAUCUCUUCCUUCCAUCUCAGCCCCAGAGCCUGGCAGGGGACCAUCUUCUGGGACCUGGCUAUGGCUGAAGACAUGUAGGAUGGGGUGAGGGGGUGACAGUGUCUCCUGUUAACCUCUACUCCCCAGCUUUAGUUUUCAUAAAUGUAGAGAUAGGAUUCCUCGUUGCUUGGUCCCCAAAGCCUUAUUACUUACUUUUCGCGUUGGCUUUAAUUGGGUUCUCAAGAUAGAAGCCUCUUCUGCUCCCUGCAGGCAGGCCCAAGUAGGACUGCUGGAGGCUGUGCUUUGUUGUCGUAACAGACAUUUGGAACCAAAGGCUGCUGGGUUUGCUUGUUUACAGGCUCCCCCUUUGGGCCAGAGCUGGCUCUGAGGAGCUGGGUGAGGAAGAGGAGGCGGCCCAGCCCAGACUCUUCCUAGCCUUUCUAAACCAAAGUUCUUUGCCAUUCCUACAACCCAGCCUUGCUGCUGGUAUUUUCCUCUUUUGGGUAUUUGCACUAUUUGGGGAGCAGGAUUUUCUAUGUGGGAGCCACUUUUUUGUACAGGGGUUAAGCUGGGGUUUUUCAAGGAGCCCUAUUUGGCGCCUCCUUUCUUAUUUUCUUUCCUCAAUCUAUGCAAGCGGCUAUAGCCGCCAUCAUCUCCUGGGGUGCCAGGGGGCUGCCCCUCUACCCAGGUGCUUAGGCUGGGGGAGCUGGAGCCUCCUACAGAGAGGAGGGGACACACCACUACCCUAGCCCAGCCAGAGGUAGGGGUAUGUUGCGCGUGGUGGAGGGCAUCAUAAGGUUAGGGGAGGCUGGGAGGAUUGUUGUUGUCCUUUGGAGCUUAGUCAGGAGGGUGGGCCUAGGGCUUGGCAAAAAUGCCACUUCUGGCAGGUUUGGAAAUUUCCAAAUAAAUUCUUUUGUUUACU